AUGGAAGAGCUCAACCUCACCGGCUUCCAGCCUGCCACGUUCCACCUCACCGGGUUCCCGGGCCUGGAGCCUGCCCACCGUUGGAUCGCCAUCCCCUUCUGCGCACUGUACGCCACUUCCAUCGCCGGGAACUGCGCCGUGCUCGCCGUCGUCCGCAGGGACCCGCGCCUUCACGAGCCCAUGUACCUCUUCCUGUGCAUGCUGUCCUUCAACGACCUGGGCGUCUCCCUCUCCACCCUGCCCACGGUGCUCGCCCUCUUCUGCUUUGGUCUCAGCGACGUGGCCUUUGACGCUUGCCUGGCCCAGAUGUUCUUCAUCCACUCCUUCUCCUUCAUGGAGUCAGGGAUCCUGCUGGCCAUGUCUUUGGACCGCUUCGUCGCCAUCUGCAGCCCCCUUCGCUACGCGUCUACCUUGACCAACGCCCGGAUCGGCCGGAUUGGCCUGGCCAUCGCCCUCAAGAGCACCGCCAUGCUCUGCCCCUUCCCUUUCCUCAUCAAGCGCCUGCCCAUCUGCAAGUCCAACGUCCUUUCCCACGCAUACUGCCUCCACCCAGACAUGAUGCGACUGGCGUGCGCCGACAUCACUGUCAACAACAUCUACGGCUUCUUUGCCAUCCUCUUCACCUAUGGGUUGGACUCCAUGUUUAUCAUUUUCUCCUACAUCAUGAUCCUGAAGACCGUCUUGAGCAUCGCAUCCCGGGAUCAGCGGCGCAAGGCUCUGAACACCUGCAUCGCGCACAUCUGUGCUGUUCUCUCGUUUUAUGUCCCCAUCAUCGCUGUCUCUGUCCUACACAGGUUUGGUAAAAAUGUCCCUUCUGUUGCUCACAUCCUGAUGUCCAACGUCUACCUCUUUAUCCCUCCAUUGCUGAACCCCAUCAUCUACAGUGUCAAAACCAAAGAGAUCCGGAAGGGGUUCUCCAGAAUGUUUUCGUGA